AUGGGCCACCGUAGGCCAUGGCUGCACACUUCUGUCCUCUGGGCUGGGGUGGCCAGCCUGCUCCUCCCCCCGGCCAUGACCCAGCAGCUGAGAGGGGCCGGGCUGGGCUUCAAUGAGAACGAGGAUGUUUCCACAGAGAAUGGGCAUCAUUUCUGGAGCCACCCAGACCGUGACAAGGAGGAUGAAGACGUCCCCAAGGAAUAUGGGCACCUACUCCCAGGCCACAGGUCCCAAGACCACGAGGUUGGAGACGAGGAUGUCUCAGGUGAGGAGGUCUUUGCACAGCAUGGUGGUCAGGCCCAUGGGCACAGAGGCCAUGGGAGUGAAGACACGGAAGACUCAGCGGAGCACAGGCACCACCUCCCCAGCCACAGGAGCCACGGCCAUCAAGACGAGGAUGAGGACGAAGUUGUGUCCAGUGAGCAUCGCCAUCAUAUCCUCAGGCAUGGACACCGAGGCCAUGAUGGGGAAGAUGAUGAAGGAGAAGAGGACGAGGAGGAGGAGGAAGAAGAGGAGGUCUCCACUGAGUAUAGGCACCAGGUCCACAGGCACCGAGGCCACGGGAGUGAAGAGGAUGUCUCAGAUGGACACCACCAUCAUGGCCCCAGCCACAGGCACGAAGGCCACGAAGAAGAUGACAAUGAUGAUGAUGAUGAUGUCACCACUGAGUAUGGACACCAGGCCCACAGGCACCGAGGCCACGGGAGAAAAGGUGAAUCCCUGCACCAACCCCGAGAGGGAAGGGGCUAUCAAAAAAGUGAAGAGAAGGUGGUGAUGGACGACUGCACAAUCUGGUAUCGCCCGCCGUCGCACCACAGUCUGAGAAACUGA